AUGGAGCCAGCUAGGAAAGGCGCGGACCAGCUGCGCGAGCAAAUAUUGAGAGCCGAAAUUGAGCUGAAGGCUCUGAAGGACCAGCUUGCUGAGGUCGAGGCCGGGAACAAAGACGGAGCAGGACAAGGUGGAGCACGAGAAGAAGGAGAGACGGCCGGAACAUCACGUUCUUCCAGAGUUGAAGAUGGAUGUUCAGGAUGGAAGUGGUCUUUGGGUGCAGACGAGUAUGAGCGUUACGGCAGACAACUCAUUCUGCCACAAGUUGGUAUUCAUGGUCAACGCAGAUUGAAGACAUCUAAAGUCCUGAUUAUAGGCGCCGGCGGUCUCGGUUGCCCAGCAGCAGCAUACCUCGCCGGCGCCGGAGUGGGCACGCUGGGGUUCGUGGAUGGGGAUGUGGUCGAGCCUUCAAACCUCCACCGACAAAUUGCGCAUGGCACGUCGAGGGUAGGGAUGUUAAAGGUGGAUAGUCUUGUGCAAUACUGUAGAGAACUCAACCCUCUGCCUAAGUACAUCCCUCACCGAGAGCAUCUCUCGCCAGAAAACGCAGAGGACAUUGUCAGAGGCUACGAUCUCGUGCUUGACUGCACCGACCACCCCACGAGCCGCUACCUCAUCUCCGACAUCUGCAUCCUUUUGCAGAAGCCUCUCGUCUCCGCCUCGGCGCUGCGCACCGACGGCCAACUCAUCUUGCUCAACGCCCCUCCCACGCCUCAGGGCAUCGUUAACCCCCCUGACCAGCCAACUCUCCCUCCUCCCUCUCCCUGCUACAGAUGUGUCUUCCCCAAGCCGCCACCCCCAGGAGCCGUGGUGAGCUGUGGCGAAGGCGGCGUUCUCGGCCCUGUCGUGGGCGUCAUGGGGGUUCUCCAGGCCCUGGAAGCAAUCAAGGUCAUUGCGGCCGGCCUCCACAUCCCACGCAAUCCCUCAUCAUCCACCUCCCCCCCAGAGCUGCCCUCACCCUCUCCUCCGCUACCGCAGCCUACUCUUCUCCUAUUCUCCGGCGCAACGGUAGGUGCUCCAUCCUUCAGGUCUAUGCGUAUGCGGGCCAGAAGGCGGGACUGUUUUGCCUGCGGCGAGGGCAGUCCUGCGAGGCUCACCUUCGAAACGCUCCGCUCCGGAAGCCUGGACUAUGUAGCCUUCUGUGGCGGGAUCUUGGCCCCAGUCGCCGUGCUCGAGGACGAGCAGAGGGUGAGCGCGGCGAAGUACCACGACAUGCUCAAGAGUUCGAGCAAGGGUGAGGACCAUGCACAUGUCCUGCUUGAUGUGAGGGAGCGCGAGCUGUUUGACAUUGCGAGUAUCGAGGGUGCUAUUAAUGUGCCGUACUCGACGAUACAGAGAAUCUCUGGGAAGAGGAAGGGGAACGUGGGUGAUGACGUCCAUCUCGACUGGAUGCCGAAGGGUCUUGCAACGGGGGAUCAGUCUAUCUACGUUGUUUGCAGGGUGGGAAACGACUCGCAGGUGGUGGCGAAGCAGCUGAUCGAUCUCGGGCUAGGGCGGAAUGGACGGUGGAUUGGAGAUAUCAAGGGUGGAAUGCGGGCUUGGAGGGACGAAGUGGACCGCACACUGCCAUUUCUGUAG